AUGACUGCGCUGGAAAAUGCUGUGUUUUCUUUAAACGACGCAAAGGUUUUCAUUGAGUAUUUAAUGAACCUUGGAGAAAGACAGAAAGCAUGGCCCGAGAGGCUGGAAAAUUUCGAUGUAUCUAUUCUGUUAUGCCGAUCAAGGUUACUUAGGGGUAAAUAUUGUUGUAUAGAGCUGUAUAGUGAUGUAAACUGCAGUAGCGAGAAGUAUAAUGCUAUCUAGGGGUAGAUAUUGUUGUAUAGCGCUGUAUCGUGAUGUAUAGCGCAGAAGAGGGAAGUAUGGUGGUAUCUAGGGGUACAUAUUGUUGUAUAGCGCUGUAUAGUGAUGUAAACUGCAGAAGAGAGGAUAGUACUAUUUAGGGGUACAUGUUGUUUUAUAGCGCUGUAUUGUGAUGUAAAUUGCGGAAGAGGGAAAUAUAGUGCUGUCUAGGGGUACAUGUUGCUUUUUAUGAUCCAUCAAAUAUUUUUGCUUGCGCGCAAUUGGUGUAAACGCAGCAAGUGACUAAAUAUCCCCAGCUAAUACCAGGUGAUACCCGAAAAUAUCACGCAAGCGAUAUUCCCCAAUUUGCAAACCUUACGUCCACCCCGAUAAGUCUUCGUUUCAAAUUUAAUUCAACUCAGUGAGCUGUUCAUAAAGAUUUUUUCAUGAGCGUUGCAAAAUAAUUGAAGGAUAAAAAUCACAAUAGCCUCUAUUUUGCCCGAAAAUAUGUUCGGAUAUUUGUCCUUGGACGUUGUCCUUGGACAUUGUCCUUGGACAUUGUCCUUGGACAUUGUCCUUGGACAUUGUCCUUGGACAUUGUCCUUGGACGUAAGGAGACAUGGAGUCCAAUGAUCGACGGAACGUGUUUGCUCAUAAUGAAUCUCUCGGGCUGUUAUCGACUACCUCUUAGGAAGCAUUGCAAUAACUUAACCUUUCUUAAUUAUUGUUUAGUCAAAACUCUUUUUCAAGGUCCUCUUUGCGUCUACAUCCAAGAUGGCGGCUACCGACUCGGAGAAGUCUGUGGAUUGGCUUGCUGCCAUCUUGGACUCGCGAUGUAGGUGGACCCUGGGCGAGAGUUUGACCCAUUCUCAAUCAGAUGAUAGAA